AUUAAAACACUCCCUGUACCUGCUUCCUGACUCUCAGCACACUCGUUACAGCUGUAAUAAUUUUAUAGUAAUAAUUUCAUUAGCCUAGGUUACUUCCCAUAGUAGUCGCAAUAACACUAUGACAAAUUAAAUAUAUUUGUAUACCAAACUGCUGGAGUGCAGCUGUUUUCACAAUCGCAGUUUCUUGCCAAAUUGUAUACCUAUGGGCCUGUUGAAGGGGAGGGAUGGAGAUGGUUUUCCUCAGUACCAGGAGAAGUUCAUUAGAGACUGCAUCAGGAAGUUUCCCUGCUGUGAAGCCGCACUGCUACAGCAGCAGGUCAUGAGCAUCGCAACAGUGGAGAUCGGUAACGACCAGACAGCGUUCUCAGUAUUAACCCAGGCUCUCAUGGGUAAGAUGACCUUCAUAGAUGCUGAUUUCUGCACUACGUGUGGAGAGAGAGGGGCAGAGAAGAGAUGUUCCCUCUGCAACAUGGUAGGAAAACCACCUCCGAACUCUGAUACAGAAGCACGUGGUUUCUCUCAUUUGUUUCCCUCUCUAUUACUUUGGUUACACUUAAUGAUUUCAGCCAUGAAUACGCCAUGCUUAUAUGCUAAUAAAUGUUUUAUUUUACUACUACAGGUGACUUACUGUGGCCUGAUUUGUCAGCGACUCCACUGCCCCACCCAUAAGAUCUGUAGAGGACUGCAGGAGAAGGAUACCCCGAGACUGAGGGAGCACUGUGACGAGGAGAGUGACAUGGUGAAGGAGACAGCCAGCUUCCUGGCAGAGCUGCGUUUUUAAGGCAGAGGAGCAUUGCGUCGUUAGGGUGUCCCAGUCCCUCAGCGCCAGACCAGCUAAACUGUCCCUCCACAUCCUCAGAGGGACCACUGUCCUGCCACCAGGAAUGAGAAGGACUGCUGGUGUUCUUUUCUACUGGGUAGUUAAUUGAUUCAUUGAUGAAAUGUUACUGAUUGGCCAGAGUUCAGUGAAAUUAAUAAUGAAGUUAUAUUGAACUGAAUUGAUUCCAUUCACUUGGUGUAUGAGGUCUGAAUCAAUCCCUGAUUUAAAGGAGAAUGAUGAAAAUCAGCAUUAUUACUGAUUGGCCAGGAUGUCCAGAUUGAGAGAAAGGGGAAUGAUGAAAAUCAGCAUUAUUACUGAUUGGCCAGGAUGUCCAGAUUGAGAGAAAGGGGAGAGUGAGGAUGAAUGCUUUAUUCACCAAGCAGCUGGACUGGAGUUUAAGGAAGGACUGUUACUAUGGACCCAAUGAGGUCUAUUCUGUUUAGAAUAGGGGAGACUGAAGUAUUCAGGGUGUGUAUAUGAUGCACAAUAGCAUAUUGGGUGCGUUUACACAGGCAGCCCAACUCUGAUCUUUUGCCCCCCAAACAUAUUUUGACCAGUCAGAUCAGAUCUUUUGCUGAAAAUUGGGCAAAAGAUAAGAAUUGGACUGCCAGUGUAAAAACAGCCAUUGAGGUGUAGUUGUAUUGGCUCUAAUGUGACUUGCUAGUUUGCAUGUCUUUUGAGCAAAUUCUUUCUUAUUUCAAAUGUGAGCCUUUAAUAAUCUUUAACGUCUUAAAAUAACAAUUUCCUCCCUUACAUUUGUAAUGUGAAAAAUACUUUCAUGUAUAAAUAGGACCACCUGACUGAACAAUACGUGUCAUUGUUAUGGCAGUGGAUAAAACACACAAUAUGUGUUACUCUAAACUUGUGAUUUCCUUCUAUAACUUGAGACCCAUGGAUCAUCUUACCAGUGAUGUAUCCAUAUCAGUCCAUGUCACAGAUGAUCCACGGAUGACCCAAUGACGAUCUGACUUCAAUGCUGGACCAACAUUUACACCCAAUUGAAAAUGUAAAACUGGGAACCAAAACAAAUGGCAAUCACAUCAAUAAAGA